CCGGAAGUGGCAGGAACUUCCGGUAGCGCCAUGACUGGGCCCUGGAAGCUGGCGUGCGCGCUCCUCCCUUGGCGGGGCCUCCACGGCUCGGGCCAGCUCUGCAGGGCCCGCUCCGGCGCCGAUCACCAGUGGCUGGCCCGCCACCUCCGGGACCCGUUCGUGAAGGCCGCCAAGGCCGAGUGCUACCGCUGCAGGAGCGCCUUCAAGCUCCUGGCGCUGGACGACAAGUACCAGCUGCUGCGGCCCGGCCUCCGGGUGCUGGACUGCGGGGCGGCUCCCGGAGCCUGGAGCCAAGUGGCUGUGCAGAGGGUCAAUGCUGCGGGCGCAGACUCAGGGGCCGCCAUAGGCUCUGUGCUUGGGGUAGACCUGCUGCACAUCUCUCCCCUGAAGGGAGCAACAUUUCUGUGCCCCGCUGACGUCACAGACCCAAGCACCUUCCAGAGAAUCCGAGAGCUGCUGCCCGGCGGGAGAGCAGACGUGCUUCUGAGCGACAUGGCGCCCAACGCCACAGGGAUCCGGCAGCUGGACCACGACAAGCUCAUCAGCCUGUGCCUGACCCUGCUGGCCCAGGCCCCUACCAUCCUGUGCUGCGGGGGCACCUUCCUCUUCAAAACCUGGGCAGGCAGCCAGAGCCAGUGGCUGCAGAAGCAGCUGGCAGAGGACUUCCGGAGCGUGCGUGUGGUCAAGCCUGCGGCCAGCAGGAAGGACUCGGCAGAGUUGUAUUUCUUGGCCACCCAGUACCGAAGAGGGAAGGACUCUGGGAAGGGCUGAGCCUCCUGCCAGUUCUGGUUCUUCUUCAAUGGAAGCAGCCGGCUGGGCCUGGGGGAUGCCGGGCAGGACAGGGGCGGCCUUUGUGGCCUGAGUGGGGAGGAUGAGACGGUGUUUGCUCAGUGGCCACGUGGCUGACGUGACUUGUGAAGAAGCCGGGAGAAAGACAGACGGAAGGAUGCAGGGCAGAGCGAGCCGGCCCUCAGAGAGAAGCAGGGGGGACCGAGGGCUUCCCAUGGCGGUUCUGUCCUGUGUGAUGCAUUUGGGGACUCACCUCCAGCCAGGAGCCUUCCCGGAUCUGCUGGGGGAGGACCUGUGGCAGGGUUAUGCCUCCAGUGGCGCUGUGCCCUCGUGUCUUAGUGCUCCAGGCUCCCGAGAGCCUCAUAAAGGCAGCUAAGCAGAUGACGCAUGGCAGCUCCUUUCUCUCGGACCCACCCAGGAACUCUGGCCCAGGAGUCAGAGCCUGCUAUUUCAAG